ACGAUGAUCCAACAUUUCUUCUGCUCCUAGACGUUCCCCAUAAUUCAAAUGAACCAACAACUUCUUUAGUAAUAACUUUCCACAUCCAUCUAAAAGAGCGCGCUGGAAGUUUUGAAGUUCGUGCAUACGAAUUUUUACCGAAUUUGGAUAAUUCUAAUGGUGGAUCGGCUUUUGGAUUGAUACCAAUUGUUUUGCAAGUUGGUGAAGAAAGAUUGGUAAAAGAUUUUAAGAAAUUUUUGAUUAAAAAUAAAAUUUUUGAUGUUGAAGUGGAAGAAAAUGAGGAUGAUAAUAUUGGUAAUGGUAGCACAGAAAAAAGUGACAAGAAAAUGAUGAACACUACACAAAUGCGAGUGCAAGCUCCAAGACUUGGAUGUUUGGGUGAAUGCGGACAUUUAUGCCUUAUACCAUUAAAUAACGUUGUAUGGGAAAAUAAUAUCGAUGAUGCUGCAAUAUAUGAUGAUACACUUCCCGAAACAAAAUAUCGUACUGUGUUGUCGUGUUUUCCAUUAAAAGAUUUCCCAAUUCCUGAUUCGACCGGUGUGAAAUUGAUGAAAAAAAGUAGCAACAUCAAUGACACUGGAAAUGUUGAAUGGGGAAGUGUCUUAGUCGGACGAAAGGGAUUGUCCGUUGUAAUGAUUGAAAAUCCUUCUGACAAAUGUAAUGUUAAUAUAAGGGAACAAGAUACACAAAUUUUGGCUCAACAUUGUGGUGAUAUAUUAAUGGCUACCUGGGCGAAUAUGCCACUUGAUGCUAUGGAUGGAAGUCACAGUACAAUUUAUAUUGUGGCAGUGGAUCAAGAUGGUAUGCGGGAUUUAAAUUUUCAAAGUGAUUUUCUAUCAUCGCUUACAUUAACUGGAACUCGUGGCAAUAAGAAGGAAUGUGAAAAUGUACGAGCAAUUUUUGUAACUUCUCACAUAACGGAUGUGUGUACACAGGGUAAUGAUAUUAUAAUUGUUGCUGGAAAUAAAGAAACUACAUUAUACAUCGGUAAAUG